AUGGCUGACGUCGGACAAUCUGGUCACGUUAAUAACACCGAAAUUGUGGCAGAAAAUGAGGGGAGCGAGCCACGGGGAUUACCAAAUCUUGCUGACCCGGACCCCGUUAACUCGAGGGAGGGGCUCAAUCGACAAAACACCGUGGAUCAAGAGAAUGCCGCCCUACCGGCCACUGAUCCUCUAAGAACUCAUAACUCCGUCACAUUGUCUCGGACCCAAAGCCAGAGGGAACCGGAGGCACCGAAUGACGGCAUUAAUUUGCGUCUGAUUUUUGAGAUGUUGCAGGAACAAAGAGCAGCAAUCGCCGAGCAAGGAAUGGCGAUUGCCCGGUUGCAAAGUGGACAAGGGGAAGCUGGGCCGGAAAAGGCAAAAGGUGCAGUGGAAAUUGGAAGGAACGAGCCACGGAUGGUCGAGAGUGAUGAUUCUCGGGCCGGUUCCUCCACCGAGGUCCUGAAGAUGCUUGAGACUUUGGCAAAACGGGUGGAUUCGACCGAGAAGAGAGUCGAGACAUACAAUUCUCGGGUGGACCAGAUACCGGGGGCUCCACCUUUACUGAAGGGGCCGAAUUCGAAAAGGUACGUCCAAAGGCCUUUUCCACCGAGCGCGGCCCCGAAACUGAUCCCGAAGAGGUUCAAAAUGCCCGACAUCCAGAAGUACAACGGCACCACGGACCCGCACGAGCACGUGACUUCAUAUACUUGCGCCAUAAAAGGCAAUGAUAUGGAAGAAGAUGAAAUUGAGUCGGUAUUGCUGAAAAAAUUUGGGGAAACUCUGUCGAAAGGAGCGCUGACAUGGUAUGACCAUCUACCCGAGCACUCGAUCACUUCGUUCGAAAUGCUGGCUGACGCCUUCGUAAAGGCACAUGCCGGUGCCAUCAAGGUGCAGGCCCGUAAGGCCGACAUCUUCCGGAUAACUCAAAGGGACGAUGAGUUACUAAGGGAGUUCGUGACCCGGUUCCAGAGGGAACGGAUGGAAUUGCCCCCGGUGCCAGAGGAAUGGGCCGCACAAGCUUUCACAAAAGGGCUCAACAUGCUAAGCUCGGUUGCCUCGGCCAAGUUGAAGGAGAAUUUGCUGGAAUACGAGGCCAUAACAUGGGCCGAUGUCCACAAUCGGUAUGAAUCGAAGAUUCGGGUAGAGGAUGAUCAAUUCGAGCUCUCCCCGAUAAAGCUGAAGGCGGACAGAGGUUUCGAGAAACCGAGGAGGGGUUAUGAAGCAAAGUCCGAAUCAUCUAAAGAAAGAUUUCGGCCAUACUCGCACCCGGAGCGAUCAAAUUCCAGGUCGGAAAAGCCAAGGGAAGGCCCGAGCCACUUCUCAGGUCGAGGUAGCAAGCUGGACGCGCGCCCGUUAAAUAGCCGGGGUCUCUCGUUCAGAAGCGAUACCGGAAGUUCAGCCAGCAAUAAAGGCCCUCCAAGGAUUUCGGAGUACAACUUCAACGUCAGUACCUCGGAUCUUGUCUCGGCCAUCAGUCGUAUCUCGAAUGUGCGGUGGCUGAAACCACUGAAAACAGAUCCGGGGCAAGGGGAUCCGAGCAUGGUUUGUGAAUAUCACGGGACCCAUGGUCACAAGACUGAGGAUUGCCGCCAUUUGAGAGAGGAGGUAGCCCGGUUGUUGAAAAACGGCCACCUCCGAGAUCUAUUGAGCGAGCGGGCCAGAAACUAUUAUAAGGGAAGGGAAGUUCAUCAGAGGGUCGAACCAGUUGAACACCAGCAUAUAAUCAAUAUGAUAGUCGGGGGGAUUGACAUCCCUCGGGUUCCGAUAAUGAAGAGGACAAAGAUUUCCAUCAUUGGGGAAAAACGUACCCGAGACCAUUUACCCGGAGGUUCCAUCUCUUUCGACGACGGGGACGCAGAGGGCAUCAUUCAACCGCACAAUGAUCUAUGCGGUAAUUUCGUACUUAUCUUUAAGACUAAGGUUAAACGUAUUUUGAUUGACCCAGGUAGCUCGGCCAACAUCAUUCGAUGGAGAGUGGUCGAACAGUUAGGACUGCUCGAUCGGAUCGUACCGGCAACCCGGGUACUCAGCGGGUUCAACAUGGCAAGCGAAACCACGAAAGGGGAGAUCUCAUUGCCCGUGAACAUUGAAGCCGCCAUUCAACAAACUUUGUUCUACGUGAUCGAAGGGGACAUGAAGUACAAUGCGCUAUUGGGCAGACCUUGGAUACAUAGCAUGAGGGCGGUACCUUCAACGUUGCAUCAAUUGCUGAAAUUCCCCACCCUAGAGGGAGUGAAAACCAUCCGCGGUGAGCAGCCCGCAGCAAAGGAGAUGUUCGCUGUAGAGGAAUCAGUGCCCCGGCCUAAAGAACCGGCUCGCAAAGAAAUGGGUAUAACCGGAGGGGAAGCCCCCCAAUAG